GAGAGAGCAAGGGAGAGAGAGCGCGCGAGAGAGAGAGAGAGUGAGAGGGCGAGAGAGAGAGAGCGCGAGAGAGAGAAAGCGCGAGAGAGAGCGCGCGCGAAAGAGAGAGCGCGAGAGAGAGAGAGCGCGAGA